AUGCAGCGCGGGUUUCUUGGUCGUCUCUUUUUGACGUCCCCUUUCGCUCGGUGGCUCGUAGCUCGCCAUUCUUCCACCAAAUUGUUUGUUGGAGGGCUAUCUUAUGACACCAAUGAAACUGUUCUGAAGGAUGCUUUUGGGCAGCAUGGUGAAAUAAUUGAAGUGAAAGUUAUAUGCAACCACACGAGUGGUAAAUCAAAAGGAUACGGAUUUGUGCAAUAUUCCUCUGAGUUUACAGCCAACACAGCUUUAAAGGAAAUGGAUGGUCAGGUAAGCUUGAGCAAUGGUAUAUAAUUUUCUGCACAUGCCGGAAAGUACAACUUUUUUUUCCCUGAAUUUUUAUAAAGAUUAUGGUAAUCUGUUGAUGAUGUACUCAAUGUUACAUUUCUCAGUUAUUGGAUGGCAGAAACAUUCGUGUUCAUUAUGCACAUAAAGGAUGAGAAAAAGGAUCCCAGAUCUGAUUUAGUUGCUGCAUGGUACUUACUUCUACUUAUUGCUUGAUGCACAAAAUGACAAGAGAAUUGAAGGCGUGGCAUGGAAGUUCAUCUGUGGUUGUUGUAACCGCCUGAUCUGUUGAGUGAUCAGAAUUGUUUUGACGCUUGGACUGUUAACUCUAAUUCAGUAAUUUAGUUCUGCAGUGCCUCAAUUACACUAACAUCAUCAAGUAGUCAUUUUAGUGCUCUUGUGGCCUUUUUUUACAAAGAUAGAAUCAGAAGGAACAGUUAUCUAUACUUAAUAGAGGAGUAGCAAAUGUAUCUUUUUGAUGUGUUAUGACCUUUUAAAAUCAUGUACCAUAGAGGAUUGUUAUAUGUUGAGGUAGACUUUUGUGCCUUCUUUGUUGACUUCAUUUGGGCAUAUAGCUCCGUUUUUGCAAUUGGGUCAUUGCGAUAAUUGGUUGGAUGUCUAACUGUUCAGGUGGUAGUGAUAGUAUCUUAUACCUAAACCGGUGACUCACUUUUUGUAAGUAAUGGGGAAGAGGACCGGGACAUGUCAAGUAUCAACUUGGGAUCAUUGGUUGGCCGAUACGAGUCAGCCAUUUGUUCGAGUCUGUGAGUCUCCUACUCAGGGUAGUGUCCUAAUCCCCCAACUCCCAGCUUAUAGACCUCUUUGCGGGCAUUUUCCGAUCAAGGGAUAGUAACUCCUAUCAUGGGAGGAAACUUUGCACAUAGUCGGUGUGGCUAGGUUAAUAUGUUGGGUUAUGAAUCGGGCAUAACAUUAUAACUUGCUAGGCUUUGUCAUGAUUAAAGUAUGGUUGCCUGUUAUGUGUAGUAUUUAGGGGAUUUUAUGUGUUUUGUUUACUUAUUUUGGUGUUUUGUAAGGAUAUAGGCUGUUUGUUUGUGCUAACCCAUAAGAAGACGGGCUUGUGAUAAGUUUCUUUCAUCCGAGCAUCUUAUUCAUUUUUAUCUGAUAAUUUUGUAGUGAGUGGUCUGGAUCUUCACUCAUUCUUUUUUUUAAAGCUAUAUUUUACCAACAGAGGAUAAAGUUGUCACAAUUGAGCGGAAGUAGAAGACAAUAUGACCAGAAAGGAAAAUGGCAAACUCAGAUACCAGUUGUGUUUACAGGCCCCUCAACAGGAAUUCACAUUAUAAGAUUGUACUCUCUGUUUUUUGUUCCUGUUUUCAUUACUUUGUCUUGUGUUUAUCUGGUUUGGGGCUUACUUGUUUUUGGUUCACAAUGGUGUGAAUUUUGUUAAAAGGUUCCUUUUUGAGUUGACAGUUGAUAUUCAAUUU